AUGCAGCUGCCUCAAGGCCUUGUCCAUGAGAAAUCCAACCAAGUCUGUCGUUUAACAAAAUCACUCUAUGGACUCAAACAAGCGAGUCGACAAUGGAAUUCUAAGCUCACUUCUGCACUAUGCUUUCUGGGUUAUACUCAAUCUUCAGUAGAUCAUUCUUUAUUCACACUUCAUCAAGGUAAUUCUUUCACUGCACUACUUGUUUACGUGGAUGAUAUAGUGCUUGCUGGUAACACUAUGGAGGAAAUCAAACGUGUGAAAUCGUUCCUUGAUCAAAAAUUUCGCAUUAAAGACCUUGGAGCUCUCAGAUUUUUUUUGGGACUUGAAAUCUCACGAUCCAAGAAGGGCAUCAUUCUUAAUCAACGCAAGUAUGCACUCGAACUCCUUUCAGACAGUGGCAUGCUUGCUGCAAAGCCUGCUUCCACUCCAUUGGAUCCUGCUAUUAAACUUAGUUGUUCCUCUGGUUCACCUCUACCAGAUGCUUCUUCAUUUCGUCGGCUAAUUGGUCGUCUCUUGUAUUUGACUACUACUAGACCCGAUUUAUGCUUUUCUGUUCAACAACUAAGUCAGUAUGUAUCAGCUCCUACUGACAUUCACCAAGCUGCUACACAUCGUGUCCUCCGCUAUAUAAAGAGUGCUCCAGGUUUAGGUUUAUUUUUCCCAGCUGAAAACAAUUUAAAACUUUUCGGAUACUCUGAUUCAGAUUGGGCAUGUUGCAUCGAUACCCGCAUAUCUAUCACAGGCCAUUGUGUCUUUCUUGGCAAUGCUUUGGUUUCAUGGAAAUCAAAAAAACAAACUACUGUAUUGAGGUCAUCUUGUGAGGCUGAGUAUAGAGCCUUAGCUAGUCUAACAUGUGAGCUCCAAUGGUUAGUCUAUUUGCUCAAUGAUCUGCAUCUUCCUCAAACACAAGCUGCUUCGGUUUUCUGUGACAAUUCUUCUGCCAUUUACUUGGCACAUAACCUUACCUUUCAUGAAUGCACAAAACACGUGGAGAUAGACUGCCACGUUGUUCGUGAGAAAAUUCAUAGUAACCUUAUUCACCUUCUCCCAGUAUCUUCAUCAGAUCAACUGGUUGAUCUAUUCACAAAGGCACUAUUUGCUCAUCCUUUCUGCACCAUUGUAUCCAAGUUGGGCCUUCAGAACCUCUGCAGUCCCACUUGCAGGGGGAUGUUAUCAUACAUUCCAAAUGUAUCAGCUCCACACUUAAUAAAGAUUAAGGAGAAUCCUGAUGUAGCCACGUAG